AUGAGUGGCCCUAAUUUUACCUGUAACUCAUGUGAGAUCCAGUUCAAGUCGAGUGAUUCGCAACGUUACCAUAUGAAGACUGAAUGGCAUCGGUACAAUUUAAAGAGAAGGGUGGCUAAUUUACCACGUAUCAGUGCAGCUGAGUUUGCAGAAAAGCUACAAUUGUCUGAGCAGCAAAGGCUGGAGAACGAGGUGGAUGAGUUUGGGUUUGCCGUGUUGAAGCCCAAAGGUAAUGUGCGUCAUCAGCCCAAGGAGAAGAAGAUUAGCCGCAAGCCCCAGGCCAUUGAUUCUCGAGGAAGGUCUGAAAACGUUAGUAAAUUGGCUACCGAUGAUGCAAAUAAGAAGUCUGCCAGGUCUCAAUCACCGGCCGAAUCCGUUACCUCUGAGAUCUCCAAACUGUCUGUGUUUAGCGAAGAAACAAAUACAGACUAUGGUGAGGAUACAGUUUCAGAAUAUGGAUUUACAAGUGAAUCUAAUUACAAUUCCGAUUCAUCGGCUUCUAGUUUAGAACAUAAUGAAGAAGACGGUGAAGUCAAUACACUCAGUAUUCGUGAUUGUAUCUAUUGUGAUGCCAAAUUCAAAGAAACCGAGCGUAAUGUAAAUCAUAUGUUCCGUGAGCACGGGUUAUACAUACCGGAAAGAUCCUACCUUACUGAUCUUGCAGGUUUAUUGAAAUACCUGAUUGAGGUUAUUGUUGUUGAGAAAAACUGUUUUUGCUGUAGCUUCGAAGGUUCCAGUUUAGAGAGUAUCAGAGCUCACAUGAACUCGAAACGUCAUUGUAGACUUCCCUACGAGACCAAAGAAGAGAGAGAACGUCUAUCGCCAUAUUACGAUUUCAGCCUUGCGGAAGAUGACGGACAGCCCUCACCUUCUGGUAAAAGAACCCAAUCCUCAGUUUCUUUGGAGGGAGAAGAAGGCCAGGAGGCGAUUGGAAAUGAUGUGCAACAUGACGUAAAUUCGAAUUUCACAAUGGUAUCUGUUGAUGACACGGGGAUGGAGAUGACACUCCCAACCGGUGCCAGACUAGGACAUAGAAUUGGCCAAAGAUACUACCGACAAAACCUUCCCUUGCCACCUGACAGAAACGAUAGUAGGAGAACUGUUACCGCUGCGGAUAGACGAAUCAUUAGUGGCGUUACUGAGAAACAAUACAAACAAGGUGUCAAAAAGAUGCAGCAGCUUGAGAGAAAUGAUAUGAAUAGACAUAUCCGUCAAGAAAAAUCCAAGAAGGUCAACUUCCAGCCUCAUUACAGAGACGAGCUUCUACAAUAA